GUAAGUGGGUCAGUGAGAACCUUCACAGUGCGAUAGAGGAGUUAACAGACCCGGUUGCCGUCAGUCUCGUGAGGAUUGUCCGGGAGUCAACAGGUGCCAGACAAUUCGAAGAUUGUGUACGUAGGAUACGUACCAUCAAUACAACUGAUUGUCGAGUUAAAGUGCUUACAUUAUCAUUUUGGACGAAUCGUGCCAUGAUUUAUCAUUUUUAAUUUAACGAAAAAAAUUUGCAAGAUUAAUUUUUUUAUUAUCAUCUUAUAAUUCAUCAAAAUGAAAUUUCAGAUCUUUUUCCUUGCUAUAGUGGGGAUGAUUGAAGUCAUCACAUCACAACUGCCAAAGCCAAGCUAUGCCAGGACAAUGCUAAAAGUAUCUAGAAGUUUACCAGGAGAAACGGAAGAGCUCGAAGUCCGUACGUCAACUGGUAAUGUCACUACAUUAAUCGUAAAACGUCGAGAAAAAUCUGGGACGUUAGACCGGACCAAUCCUACGAGUAAAGACGAUCUUGCAUUAUUGCCACGUGCCUCAUAUGUCUCUUCUAACUCUGAAAAUGUUACUAAUGUAAAUGAGACGAAGAAUACAGAGAAAGUUAGCGAGAACCAGCCAACAUUCUUCAAACUUGAGACUCAGACCUCCCAGAAUAGUGACAGGAAGAUGGAUUACGGAAGCUGGACCCCCUUAGAUGUUCUCGGCAGAACAUUAAAUGUCGCAGAAUCUACAACUGAGCACUAUCUGAACUGGAAACCUCUACCAGCUGAUAGACAAAUCGGACACUCUGAAGAGCAUCAAUCGAGGCACAAUUUGGUUUUAAUCUCAAACUUUCAAAAUAGAAGGAAGAAAGGUUUGGAUAUAAAUCCAGAUGAAUCAGAAGAUAGAUUAGCUCCAAUUGCUCAUCAAGCAAAACCUAGAACAAGAACUAAUAUUGGGGCAAAUCUAUCGAAAAAUCGUGGAGGAAAAAAUGUGCCAUCAGAAGUCACUGUUAGAUCAGAAAUCAAUGUAAAACAUAUAGAUAAGAGAAUGCCUAUGGCAAUUGAUUCUGAUGGUAUUCCAGUCAUUCACGGUCAAAGAGUUCCUGAUGAACCUAUUGACAAGAUUCAGACAUGGAGAAAUGCUAGAGUUAUAAAUAAUAAGCUUGUAGUUGAUAAUACAAACGACAAUGUACCAACAUUAACUUCCUCUUCCGCAAAUAGUAAAGCUGAGAGUCAUAAGUUUGAAAGGUUUUUCCAUGAUGUCAAUCGCAGGUACGGCCGCAAUUUUGAUGAAGAUCAACAACGCAAUGUCUACUUCGAAUGGGAUCCAAAGAGUUAUCGAAAUUCAGCAUUGAAAGCUGACGUCUACGAAACAAGGAAUGAAAACUAUCGUUCUAAUAUUCAGAAACGUAUGCUUCAUCCAGAGGGAACACAAACGUAUCCAAUAUCUCAGAUGUAUACUCCAGAAAGUCAAAAAAUUGCUCCAUUAGCUUUGAAACCAGGAGCACGAGCUCCAGUUUUACAAUACGCUCAUCCAGAGCUUGGUGUUCAACCGGCUAAAAUUGUGAAAAAUGAAAAAAGACGUCCAGACAAUUUUCCAGAGAAUCAAAAUUCUUUUACUGAACAGAGACAUAAGAAAAAAUAUGUUCUGAAUGAUAAAACUAUUGUUGAUACUUACAAUACAAAAAAUUAUUAUCCAAAUCAUCAGUUCUAUGGUUUGAAAUUGCAUUCGGCAGAACCUCCAUUUUGGAUAAAAAUAUCAGAAAAAUUAAAAAAUCAAUUUUCUACAGGUGUAGAAAAAGUAUCUCAAUUAACAAAGCCAGUGAUUGAUCCAUUAGUUGAAGCAACUCAAAAAAUUUCUCAAAAUUUAGGUCUUUCAAGAAAUCAAGAAGCUCAAAACAAAAUAGGUACUGUGGCUUCAGGAUCUUCAAUUCUCAUUCCUGCUUUAGGACUUGUUGCUUCUGGCGCUGCUCUUGGAAUUGGUGCUGUUGCAGUUGGAAGGUAUCUAGACGUUGACGUGUUGAAAAGAUCUAAUGAAAAUGAUGAAGAACCUGAGAAUCAAAGAAGUCUUUUACUUCCAUCUGAAGGAAUAGGGUCAGAUAAAAUAGAAAAUAUUUACUAUCCAGAGAUUGAUAGUUCAAAAAGUGAUCAAUUAAAUACACGAGAAAAUGACGGAGGGUAUUUUGUUAAUGUAAAUGAAAAUCCCUACCAUCAAGAAAAGGAACAGAAAUCGAUGUCAAGAAGUAGAAGAAAUUUAGAUAGUGUCCUUCAAGAAAAUCAAAACAAUGAACAACUCAUGAAUCAAAGACUUCGAAGAACUGGACCAGAUUCUAUUAUGGAUAUAAUUGAAAUCGAUGGACCAAUUGAUGAAAAUAUGAGGAAUGGAUUUUUGGUAAUAGAUGAAGAAAAUAAUAAAAUAGAACCAAAUAAAAAAACUCAAAGGCAUCGAAGGAGUUUAGACCACAGUGAUUUGAGUGAAGAUACGUUUCAGGAUUUAGAAUAUAUGAAACUUCCAGAAUUUAAAAAUGUGAAUGGCGAUUGGACACAUACUUCAUGUGCUAAAAAAAUGUUUUGUAAUGCAAUGCUGGAACGUGGUUUAGAUUCUUACUCGGUCAUGGAGAAGAAAAUGAACUUAUAUUCAAAAAAGAUAACACAGCCUGGGGCAGCGCAGCAGGUGUUCAAUCACUUCCAGGAGGUCAUGGAGGCCGUGAGGAGGCACGACUGUUCGAGAUUCUCAUGCCCAACGGCAAAACCCGGAAAUUAUUUUUAGUAUCUUUGAAAAAAAUUAACAAUAAUUAUUAAAAAUUUAUUUAUAAACAAAUUUAGAAUGUUUUUUAUAAUAAUAUAUAAAUUAACUGCUUCAGAAAGAAAGCAUUUCGAACAAAUUAUGGAAGACUUUAAAAAAUAGAUUCUAGAAAAAAGGGGAACACGGGGAAAGCCUGAUGAAAAUUCGUUGGUAUUUUUUAAUUUAUAUAAUUAUAUAUAAACGUUCAUUAAGACUGUAAAAAUGAAGCCUAGUAAUUAUAUUAUUUAUAAUACUCUUAAAUAAAGUAACGCUAUUUAUUACAUUUUCUACA